AUGGAUUCCAAGAGAUGUUCCACCAUUGCUCUCUUCCUCUCCAUCAACCUUCUGCUUUCUGCCCUAACAAGUGGUUGUUACACUUGCUCUCAGCCUCAUCCCAUCACAACACCUAAGCCAAUCACAAACCCUAUUCCCGGAGCCGCAAAGAGCUGCCCUAGGGAUACCCUAAAGUUGGGGGUAUGCGCCAAGUUGCUGAAUGGGGCGGUUGGGGCCGUUGUAGGAAGCCCUCCGGAUACACCUUGCUGUGCUGUCCUUGAGGGGCUGGUGGAUCUUGAAGUUGCUGUGUGCCUUUGCACUGCCAUUAAGGCCAACAUUCUGGGUAUCAACCUUAACAUCCCUGUUUCGUUGAGCUUGCUCCUAGACGGUUGCGCAAAGAAGUUCCCUUCAGGCUUCCAAUGUGCAUAAGCGAGAAAGAAAUUGCCAAAUUGAUCGAUCUUGGUGUUAUAAGUCUCAUUUGAAUGAUUGAGGCAAACUAUAUUUGCUAGGUUUACUUUCUGCUGGGUUCUUCUCUUUUUCUUUUUCCUUUUUUUUCUUUUUUUUUUAACUCUUGGACGUUGUUUUACAUGUAUGCAUGUGUCAAGUUUUCAAUAACGUACUCCUUCAUGUUUUGUAUUGUGAUUUCCCUAAUUGAUCGAUGGCAGGCAUUUUGAAGCUUACGUACAGACUGCUAUAUCUCUAAUUAAUGUGUCAUUUGUCGAAAAUGUUCUUAU